AUGACGGGCCCUGCAACUGCACUGAGCAAUGUGGAACCGAGGGCCUCCAAGAUGGCAGAUUUACACGCGGCAAUGCAAAACAAGCGGCAACAGCAAAAUGCUACAGUAUAUACCUGUGGACGUACAGUGGACCUCCUGGCAGCAAUCUUCGACUGCUUUUGGGCCAAGCUGAUGCUGAGCUUACAGCCAGUAGCACCUCGCCGCGAACUACCCAAGUGGGAUGAUUCCGAAGGCGAAAGGAGAGUCAAUCAUUUAAUAUCUAGAGUUUGUAAAGAUCUUAACUUGAAAGAGUCUUCUAAAGAAGAACCUUCCACCUCCAGUCGCCAUUUCUCUGACCUCAGGAGAAAAAGGACUACUUUCCCAAACAAGAAUUCUGAAACAUGGGAUUUUGCCCCCAAGGUAGAUGCAGCGGUGGCUAUACGUACCACUUUACCGGUAAAUAAUGUGGAGUCCUUUAAAGAUCAGAUGGAUAAAAAGAUGGACUUCAAUCUUUCUAAAGCAUAUGAUGCAUCAGGAACAUACUUUCAUCCAUCAGUAGCCCUUACGUCGGUGGCCAGAGCACUGAAAAUCAGUUACGGAGCGACUGACCCACUACUCAGUGAUAGAGCACUUUACCCAUUUUUCUUCCGGACUGUUCAGGAUGAUCGGACUCGUUAUGCAGUUAUUUUAAAGUUUCUGCAACAUUUUGGGUGGAACUGGGUUGGAAUAAUCACCUCAAAGGAUGAAAGUGGAGAGAGAGAGCUCCAAGAACUGAGCCAUGAGAUGACCAGCCACGGCAUCUGUAUUGAGUUUAUUGUUAAAAUGUCUUCCAUACAAAAAGAAAAUGAUAAGGAUUUGGCUGUUAUUAGAAAAUCAACCACUCAAGUUCUAAUAACCUGUGGGACAUGUUCUGCGCCUUGUUUUCUUAUUUUUCAAAAUUCUGAAUCAGUUUUACAAAAUAUAACAAUUAUCGUUAAAGCUUCAUGGACAUAUGUUUUAUAUUUCAAUAUUAAGUCGGGGAAAACCUUCAAUGGCAGUUUGAGUAUUGCACCACCUACGAACCCUAUCCCUGGUGUGAACACUUUAAUACAUAAAUUCCAUCCUUCUAAUCGCCCAAAUGAUCCGUUACUUGAAGAUAUUUGGCUAAUGAACUUAAAUUGCUUAUCACCAAACCUAGAAAAAAACAAUUUCUUUCAAUAUCUGUAUAAAUUUACUGCAAACAACUGCACUGGGAAGGAACGUAUUCAAGAUAAAAUAUCUGUCCCGCAAAAUCCUGUGUACAAUGCAGUCUAUAUCCUGGCACACACUUUGCACAAUAUGCAUUCAUCCUUAGCUUCUCUUUAUCCUGAAAUAGACCUAUUAUCAUAUAAAUACUUAAACCUGCUCCAUCACUAUGUAAGAAGAGUGCAUUACACAGAUUUGUCAGGACAGAAAAUCUUCUUUAAUGAAAGAGGAGAAGUUCCGAGUAAAUAUUUUCUACUUAAUAUCAAGGUCAUAGACAAUAAGAAGAGUUUUAAAAUAAUACAGUAUGAUGUCGGUGUCUUAGACAUGUCACUUGCUAACGAUCAGCCACUUCAUAUUAAACAAGACAAAAUUCUUUGGAAAAAUGGCAAAAUUCCCAGAGCACGAUGUAAUGACUUUUGCCCCGCUGGAACCAGGAAAGCCCCCAAUGGGGGCUAUCACUCCUGCUGCUAUGCCUGUGUCUCAUGUUCAGAGGGGGAAAUAUCUAAAAAAACAGAUAGUAAUUGCCAGAAGUGUCCUGAUAAUGAAUGGCCAGAUGAGAGAAAAGCGAAGUGUAUUUCCAAAACAAAUGAAUUUUUAUCAUAUGAAAAGGAAAUCAUGGGACCACUUUUUAGUUCCAUAUCUAUAUUAUGUUCAGUCAUAACAAUCCAGAUAUUAGGAAUCUUCAUAUGUUUUCGGGACACUCCCAUUGUCAGGGCUAAUAACUGUAUCCUCAGUUUUCUCCUCCUGGUUGCCAUUAUGCUGAGCUUCCUCUGUGUGUUUCUGUUCCUUGGUCGUCCUGUGGAUAUUACCUGCAUAUUGCGCCAGGUCUCCUUUGGAAUAAUCUUCUCAGUCGCCGUAUCUUCUAUUCUGGCCAAGACUGUCAUGGUUUGUAUUGCCUUCAAAGCCACCAAACCAGGCAGCUUCUGGAGAAAGUGUGCAGGAAUGGGUGUGUCUAAUUGUAUAGUCUUGAUAUGCUCCUCCAUCCAAGUUCUGAUUAAUGUCAUCUGGCUGUCUAUUUCUCCCCCUUUCCUGGAGUUUGACAUGAUCUCUUACCCUGGGAAGAUCAUUAUCCAGUGUAAUGAAGGUUCAGUUAUUGCUUUCUAUUUGGUAUUAGGAUACUUGGGGAUCCUGGCAGCUGUUAGUUUUGUUCUAGCUUUCAUGGUGAGGACAUUGCCGGACAGUUUUAAUGAAGCCAAAUACAUCACCUUCAGCAUGCUGGUAUUCUGCAGUGUUUGGAUUGCAAUGAUCCCGGCCUAUUUGAGCACCAGAGGGAAAUACAUGGUGGCUGUAGAGAUAUUUGCCAUAUUGGCUUCCAGCGCUGGGAUACUGGGAUGUAUAUUUUUCCCCAAAUGUUACAUUUUGGUGAUAAGACCAGAAACAAAUACCAGGAAACAUAUAUUUGGGAAAAAAUAA